AAGUGGUUAGGGAUCUCAUGCGUGAACAGAAACAUGACGUUUGUGUGACAAUCAACUCUGACUAGCUGUUACUUUCCUAACAGAUUUUAUGGGAUUUAUCAAGUAAACUAGGAAUAUAGAGGCAUAUAUGUUUUAGGAUUACUGUGUAAAAAUUUGGUAGACCAGAGAAUUUUAGCACAAUCACAAUGGCCGAGCCCUCGGUCAGGCCUAAGACUAUCAUAGCCAAUCCCCAGGUGAUUCGGGAGACCUCCAGUGAGGCCCACAACAAACGCAAAGAUGGAAGGAAAAGCAAAGCAGCAUUAGAAGACAAAGGUACAGUCCUUGUAAGGCAACCAUUGCCAAAAUACAGCUUCCAAACACAGACUCGAAAGCCCAGUGUAGAGACCAAAUAUACCCAACCUGUGGCAAAUGUGGAACCCUACCCUAGGGGGAGCUCUUCAGAAAAUGGAGGUAAAAUUGUGUCCAAAGUCAGCCCCCUUAAAGCAGGGGACACAGAGACUGGUAGACAGAGUGUCGGAGUGAAGGAGGCUGCUGCUGUGAGGAUGACACCAGAGUUAGUACAGACCGACAGCAAAGACAGCACGGGGAUUACCAGUGGAGGGUCGGAGUCCGAGGAGAUCAGGAGACUGAGGGAGGAGAACGCGGCCCUGAAGAACCAGCUGGACACGCAGAUAACCAGCCUCACCAAGCAGCUGGAUGUACAACACCAGGUAAACACUGAGUUGAAGAAACUGUUGGUGGCAUCAGUUGGUGAUGACCUACAUUUUACAAUGGAACACCUCGUGAGAGACAAAGCUCAGCUGUCUAAGGAGCUGGGCCACUUUUCCAAGAAACAUUCAGAAGACUACGAACAUUUGGACAAGAUCUCCAUUCAGGCUGACAUGUGGCGCAGCAAGUUCCUGGCAAGUCGACUGAUGAUUGACGAACUGGCCGCGGAUAAAGCUUACCUAGCCAUGAACUGUCAGGAAUCCCAUAAUGCACUGCAGCAGAUGUUGAACGAGAGACAUGAACUCAGGAGAAACCUGUUUGAGACCUACAAGUCUUUAGAACAAAUUAGAUCUGCCUUUGACCCGUUGACCUCUCAGAGAACCACCAAGCCGCCCUCCACCAAUGCCCUUGACCUUGCCCGUAUGAACCAGCGACUGACCGAGAACAUUCGGUACCGCCUCCUCCCCCACGACAACGUGAUCCAGAUAGAGGCUGGACCGGCCUGGGAAGACAAUCUGACUCUAGCCGAAUCUUACGCCCACCAGCUUUUGUCUCGAGAAACAGAGAAGGAAACCAAUCAAAUGACCUUGACCUCAGCCAUGGCCAACCGUUACCAUCCCUAUGCCAACUUUGACAAUCUGACUUUCAACUGUUGUGAGAAGUGUAAAGGGGAGCUAACUGCUGUCUGACUCUAGAUUGGAGGGCUGGAGCAUUCAACAAUGUGAUCUGAAAUUUCUUGGACUUGAUUUUUAUGAUAUUCAUCGUUACAACAUGUUUGAAUGUAAACAUAUCAUUGGUGUGUUGCUAUUUACUGCAUUUUAUAAAAUGUAAAGUUCAUUUUUAAAAUGAUAUUUAUUUCUAAUUGUUCAUGUAGCAUUCUGAUAAGUUCAUUUUUAUUUUUCUUAAGAAACUGAUAUAGUAUCACCAGUUGUGUCAAACAAACACAUAAAAUCUAUUUGUUGUGUAUUUUAACAUAAUUCACUAGGCAUGAUAUUUGUUGAAUAGGGUUCUGGUAACAAUUUAGUUGGUACAAGGUAGACAUCCGUUUAUUUGUUUAUCUGUGAUGUUUUUUUCUAUGUAAGGACAAUACUACAUGGGCCAAAGUUUUAAGCCCUGUACAUUAUUUCAACUUCCAAGCAUUAAAUUAAUGUUUAACCAGAAAACAGCAAUGGAGAAAUUAGUGUAUAAAGAUGAUAAACCUGCACUUGAUAAAUAUACAUAGUGAAUGGAAGUUAUAAUUUAUUGUACAAUAUUUAGGGAGUCUAUAAUGAUUAGACAUUUUCUUUUAAAACCCCCUCUUUAAAUAAUGUUGUUUUGUUGUGCAGGUGAUUUUAACCUGGGGCUUUCAUAAAAAGGAAACCCUUGUGAAUGGUGCAGCGAGUUAUUUUUGCUGGUUGCUAUAUUUUGACUAUUUUGGCAUUGAAAACUGAUUUGGCAAUAUUGAAGUCCCUAAACUUAUAACUUAUUUACUUUUAUGUGUUUAACUCUUGGAAUUGUUAAAUUGCACAGACUUUUAAAUAACCUGCUAUACACCUAUGUGAUAUUGUUUGUAAAAUAUUGGUGAAGCAUAAGCAUUCAGUAUUUUGAUAUUGUUUAUUACAUGUAAAUCAAUCAAACGUAUCAAGACAAUUGUAAAGGAGAAGAUCUGGUACGAUGUGAAGUCUUAUUCCAUUGCAUGUACAGCUGUACCAGUGUUUCUUAAUCAUUCAGUGUAUGUGUGGUUGGUGCCAUUGAUUUUAUGUUGUUUAAGCCACGAAAGUUUUUCAGCUUUAUUUUAUUGUUUUAGAUGGUGCAAUAUGAAUAUGAAAGCAUUUUGUCACAUUUUAAAUAGAUUGAAAAGAAAUAAAUAUAUAUGUGUACUAA